AUGUCUGAACCACCUUCAACACGUGUCCAAACCCCAGAUGUCGACUCCUCAGAGGCCGCGAGAACCGCCCACGUGCAAAGCCUCAUGGACCGUCUCCGCGCCAAAAGCCCCAUCUACACCUUCAUAAUGGCACCCGCGCAGCUCAUCAGCACAACCCAAGGCAGUGCCACAAUACGCAUGACACUGAAUGAGAACCACCUCAACAGCAGCGGCACUCUCCACGGGGCCGUUUCGGCGACGAUCAUUGACUUCACCACCGGCCUGGCUAUUGCGAGUUGGGAUCUGAGAGAUAAGACGGGUGCGAGUGUGGAUAUGCACAUAAGUUAUCUAAGCACGGCGCGUUUGGGAGAUACGGUUGAGAUUCUUUCGACGGCGGAUAAGGUUGGUGGGAGUGUGGCUUUUUCGUCGAUUCGGAUUUCAAAGGUUGAGAGUGAUGGGUCGUUGAAGCCGGUGACCCUUGGGCAGCAUACGAAGUACGUGAAGCAAGCGCAGCCAAAGGCUCCAUGA